GAGGGAGCUCCUAGCGCGUCGUCAUGUUUGAUGCCCCCUCACGUUUUGACUGAUUUCAACAUUGGGAAUCUCGUAAAAAGCUUCCUUUUCGUACUUACUGAUUUCUGCGGAGCUUCGUUUAGCUCUUCCCGGGGAUCUGAUGCUUACGGGGGGGCAGCUGAGCAAGCCGCUGCUCUCGCUCAUGCGCGGCGGCAGCGACAUGAGCGCGCUGGAACUCGGCGGCCGGCCGGACGACAAAGCGGCCGGCAGCCCCGACAGCGAGCUCAACGACGAGACGACCGUCCUGCCGGCCGACGGCCUCGAGCGGGAUGGCGCCCCGGCAAAACUGUACGGAGCCCGCGAAAGUUCACUCCAGUCAGACAUCAACAGCAGUCCCACGGAGCAGAGCCAAGUGGGCCAGUCGCACCCGGGGUACGCCGCCAUGGGGCCGCAGUCGCUGUUGGUGGCCCAGCAGCUAGCCAACGCGGUGGGUGGCGCCAUGUCCGGGGCGGCGGCGGCGAUGAACCAGCCCAUCCUCAUCCCCUUCAGCGCCGGCGGGCACCUGAGUGGCCAGCAGGGCCUGGUCCUUUCGCUGCCCGCCACUAACCUGCAGAGCCUGGUGGCGGCCGCUGCUGCCGGGGGCAUUAUGACGCUGCCCCUACACAACCUGCAAGCUACCUCAACCCUCAACUCGCAACUCCAACACCUGCAGCAGCUCCAGCAGAUGCACCAGCACCACCAGCAGCAGCAGCAUCACCACCAACAUACCCAGAACCAAGUGUCGUCUCAGCAUCAUCACAUGACCUCGCCGGGUCAGCAGCAGACAUCCGUGCCGUCGCCGGGUUCCGCCUGCUCCUCGGCAUCGGGGCAGCCGCCGCAAUCGCCGCCGUCGCACCGGCCCAACCAGUCGCCCGCCCGAAGCUUACCCUCGCCUGUCACCCCGCCUGUCCCUCUGCCGCCGCUGAACCCUCUUGCCAGCCAGGCGGCAGUCGCGGCAGCGGCCGCCGCCGCGGCCAUGGCGGCCGGCUCGCAGGUGUUUGGCAACACCCUGUCCAACCUGCAAGGAGGCGGCGGGCAGUUGGUGACCAACGCACAAGGACAGAUCAUCGGAACAAUCCCUCUGAUGGCGAACUCGGCAGCGCCGUCCAGCCAAUCGGGAGGCGGCAACGCGGGGCUGCAGGUGCCGCCCAUCACGCCGCAGCUCCUGACCAACGCGCAAGGGCAGAUCAUCGCCACGGUCAUCGGCAAUCAGAUCCUGCCCGUCAUCAACACGCAGGGAAUCACGCUGUCGCCCAUCAAGCAGCAGGGUGCAAGCGGCCCGGCCUCCUCCUCCUCCUCGUCCUCAUCAUCAUCAUUGUCAUCCUCGUCGUCUUCGUCCUCGCAGCCCGGCCUGCUCCACAUGGCCCACCGGCACAGCCCGCUGCACCUGGCCUCUUCCUCCUCCUCCUCCACCAACUCCUCAUCCUCGGCGCUUAGCGUGGGACAGCUAGUCAGCAACCCCGGGACGGCCCCGAGCGAGGUGGACGGCGUCAACCUGGAAGAGAUCCGCGAGUUUGCCAAAGCCUUCAAGAUCCGCCGCCUGUCGCUGGGCCUGACGCAGACGCAGGUGGGCCAGGCGCUCAGCGCGGCCGAGGGGCCCGCCUACAGUCAGUCGGCCAUCUGCAGACACACCAUCCUGAGAAGCCACUUUUUCCUACCGCAGGAAGCCCAAGAGAGCACGAUAGCUAGCAGUCUGACAGGCAAACUGAACCCUGGCCUUUUAUAUCCUGCCAGGUUUGAGAAGUUGGACAUCACCCCUAAAAGCGCCCAGAAGAUUAAGCCGGUUCUGGAGCGCUGGAUGGCCGAGGCUGAGGCCCGCCACCGCUCGGGCAUGCAGAACCUGAGCGACUUUAUCGGCAGCGAGCCCUCCAAAAAGCGCAAGCGGCGCACCUCGUUCACGCCGCAGGCGCUGGAGAUCCUCAACAGCCACUUUGAGAAGAACACGCACCCAUCGGGCCAGGAAAUGACCGAGAUCGCCGAAAAGCUCAACUACGACCGCGAGGUGGUGCGCGUCUGGUUCUGCAACAAGCGCCAGGCGCUCAAGAACACCAUCAAGCGCCUCAAGCAGCCCGAGGGCAGCGGCGGAGGGGCCGCUCUGCCGCCACCCACCCUGGACCUUGGGGACCCGCACCACGAUGCCCACAAAUGAGAAAUCCCCGCUCCCCGGACUCUUGAGAUAAACUCUUAUGUCGUCGUCGUGAUUUUCACUCAACCAAAAAAAAAAAAAAUUAUUAAAAACAAGCCGGAGAUUGAAAUGUGAAAAAGAUACACAGCGGUGCCUCGACUUACGACCUUGCAGCUGGCGGCUCAGUGCGUUUUUUUGCUAGCCGUCACCAGCAAAAAAAUAAAAAUAAAAAAUUCGGAGGGGGGCGGGGGGGGGGGAUUUAUCUGCGGUAUAUUCCUGCUUCUAUAAGAAUUCUUUUAGUUCCGGAAUGAAUUUGACUCGUAAGUCAAGGUACCACUGUACAAAAGUGUUGGCAGGUCAAACCAAUUGUGAGGGGUGGGGGGGAGGAGGGGGAGAACAUACCAAAUGAAAACACUAUUUACCAAAGUAUGUGGCAUCGGAAAUUACUUUUCUAAUGUACAUUUUUGCAUUUGUAGCCUGAGACGCAAAUAAGCCAAAAGCGACCCCUUUUUUUUUUUUCUCUCUCUCUCCCUCAUUCCUUCUUUUCGUGUACAUACGAACGUCGUCGUCGCACUUCCCAGUCACGCGCUCACGCCAUCGGGAUCACAAAGGUAAUGUUUCUUCUUGACUUUUGUACAACUUUUACAGCUAUUUAUAAAAACCACGCGCACGAUGAUGACGGCGGGAGUGAUGAUGAUGAUGAUGAUGAUGGUGGUGGUGGUGUUGGUGCGUUGCCAAAGCCUGAUAGCCAAAGAACACCAGAGACUUUUUCAGCUCAAGGACUUUUUUUCAAAGCAACUCCCCUAUCAGCUCACUUUGAACACUAAAUCAAGAACAACCGUAAAAAUGACUAAUAAAAGUCAUCCCAAAAAAAAAAAAAGUCAUGUCAAGCCUUGUAAAUGUUGGCAAUAUUUUCAUGUCACGCUUUCAUCUGCAUGUGGCAGCAGCUGCAGGAGCAGCCCUGAAAGCCCCAAAAUGAAGUUGAACAAAAAAAAAAACCCUUUAAAUGUGAUGACAACGCUUGCGUCCGACUUUUAGUUUUUGAAACACUUUCCACUCAUGGCGCAUUUGUUCUCUCUGGGUUUUAAACCUCCUGGUAUGUUGCGGGUCAAACUCACCUCAUUUGAAGUCAUCAGUUCAUUUUAAAAAAAACAUCAUUUCAAUGCAUUGAAAUCGAACUUUUUGUUUGUUCUGAUGCGUUUGGAUCAUUAAAAAAUCCCGAAGCCAUUUACAGUACAAUUUAAAAAAAAGUGUAAGGGCUUUAGUAUCAU